AUGUCUCUCUACGAAAACGAGGACCGGCAAUACCAGGCCGAGGUGCAGGCCGUCCAGAACUGGUGGAAGGACUCGCGGUGGAGGUACACCAAGCGUCCUUAUACCGCCGAGCAGAUCGUCGCCAAGCGUGGCAACCUCAAGAUCGAGUACCCCUCCAACGCCCAGAGCAAGAAGCUGUGGGGGAUCGUUGAGAACAACUUCCAGAAACAACUCGCCAGCGCCACCUAUGGCUGCCUCGACCCCACCAUGGUCACCCAGAUGGCCAAGUUCCUCGACACCGUCUACGUGUCCGGCUGGCAGAGCUCGUCCACCGCCUCGUCCACCGACGAGCCCUCGCCCGAUCUGGCCGAUUACCCCAUGAACACCGUCCCCAACAAGGUCAACCAGCUGUUCUUGGCCCAGCUGUUCCACGACCGGAAACAGCGCGAGGAGCGCGUCACCACCCCCAAGAGCCAGCGCGCCAACGUCGCCAACGUCGACUACCUCCGCCCCAUCGUCGCCGAUGCCGACACCGGCCACGGUGGUCUGACCGCCGUCAUGAAGCUCACCAAGCUGUUCAUCGAGCGCGGUGCCGCCGGUAUCCACAUUGAGGACCAGGCCCCCGGUACCAAGAAGUGUGGCCACAUGGCCGGUAAGGUGCUGGUGCCCAUCAGCGAGCACAUCAACCGUCUGGUCGCCAUCCGUGCGCAGGCCGAUAUCAUGGGCACCGACCUCCUCGCCAUCGCCCGUACCGACUCCGAAGCCGCCACCCUCAUCACCUCCACCAUCGACCACCGCGACCACGCCUUCAUCGUCGGCGCGACCAACCCCAACCUGAAGCCCCUCAACGACCUGAUGGUGGCCGCCGAGCGCGCCGGCAAGAACGGCGCCGACCUGCAGGCCAUCGAGGACCAGUGGACCGCCCAGGCCGGCCUGAAGCUCUUCACCGAGGCUGUCGUCGACGCCAUCAACCAGGGCUCUCACGCCAACAAGCCCGCCGUCAUCGCCGAGUUCCUCAAGCAGGCCAAGGGCAAGUCCAACCCCGAGGUCCGCGCCAUCGCCAAGGGCAUCACCGGCUCCGACAUCUUCUGGGACUGGGACGCCGCCCGCACCCGCGAGGGCUACUACCGCUACCAGGGCGGCACCCAGUGCGCCGUCAACCGCGCCGUCGCCUUUGCCCCCUUCGCCGACCUCAUCUGGAUGGAGAGCAAGCUGCCCGAUUACAAGCAGGCCAAGGAGUUCGCCGAUGGUGUGCACGCCGUCUGGCCCGAGCAGAAGCUCGCCUACAACCUCUCCCCCUCCUUCAACUGGAAGAAGGCCAUGCCCCGCGACGAGCAAGAGACCUACAUCCAGCGUCUGGGCGCCCUGGGUUACUGCUGGCAGUUCAUCACCCUGGCGGGCCUGCACACCACCGCGCUCAUCUCGCACAAGUUCGCCAGCGCCUUCUCGCAGCAGGGCAUGCGCGCCUACGGCGAGCUGGUCCAGGAGCCCGAGAUGGAGCUCGGCGUGGACGUCGUCACGCACCAGAAGUGGAGCGGUGCCAACUAUGUUGACAACAUGCUGAAGAUGGUUAGCGGUGGUGUGAGCAGCACGGCGGCCAUGGGUAAGGGUGUUACGGAGGAUCAGUUCAAGAAAUAA